CUUAUACUUUCUUGCAAACAGUUUCGAUCGGCGCGGCGGUGGCAGUAGUGUCUAUCCCCUAUACUUCCCUUCCCAUCAGCUCAUCGACAAAUUAUUUACUUAUACGGUGUUUAUACAAGUGAUAAUUACACACUUAACUCGAUACACAGACACGUCACAAUCUACCGCGCGCUGCUCCCUUCCGCCUGUGUCGUCUGUCUCCGCUCUGUGCUUCGUCAACCCCAAUGAAUUGAACAACGAGCAUCCAUCAUCAGCACACUCAUACGAUGCUUGCUUACUUACAACAAGUUAGUUGGGCACCUACCCACCACACAUGUGCUGUGGAAGGGCGAACCGAACGAGUAUGUUUCCCUUUCUUUUUGCCAUUUUUCAAGUUGGUGCUGCUUAUGCCAAUUACGUAAAAGUGCGGUGUAACUAAAGAGUGGAGGAAGAACAACGUAGCGUCGAGUUACUAUUUCAUUGAAGUAAACUAAACGGCAAAAAGAUAUGUGCUAAUUGGCACUGACAGUGUUGUCCACGUACGGAGUAGGUAGAGUGACUUUAACUUAGAGUGGCGUCAAUGUCAAAAUUGGAACAGCGGUCAUCUGUCAAACCCAUACAAAUUCCUGUUCCAAACGAGCAGGAGAUCUGUCAAUCCUUGAUGUUUUCAAAAUAAUGUAACUCAAUUAUAUCACAUUGUGUUAUAAAUGUUGUUUGAUAACUCAUUGUAUUAUAAUUGGGUUUUGAGUCUUCGAGGUUUGGAAAACAAUAUUACAAAAUUAUAUCAAACUAGCUGUACCCGGCAAACUUCCAAAUGUCUAAGACUCAAAACUAAAUUAUUAUACAAUGUGUUAUCAUUCAACAUUUAUAACAUAAUGUGAUAUUAUUGAGUUAUAAUAUUUUGAAAACACCAAGGAUGUUGAACAUGAUUAUAUCACAAUUAGUUAUAAAUAUCAUAGUUUGCUAGGAUUAUGUUAUAUUUUUGUUACAAUUUUCUAGUCGGGAUACGACUAGGGACUCUUAAUGCAAAUGUUAAGGUUUCAAUUCUCGUUCGUUUAGAAAGUUUAUGUCGUGAAAUUUUCCAAUUUAAUCAGCACAUGAGACGAAGCUCAAGACUGAGGCACAACUUUCUAUCUAUGCUCCUGGGAGCUCUCUUGCAAUGUGGCUCCCGUACAUGGGACUAUUUGACGUGUACAUCAACUCUGGUCAAAACGCCUUGAAUCUGUCCUAAAUCUGUCUCUGAUAAUUCUAGAAACUUCUCUUAAACCCCUUGAAUCACUAUUGCCUUGAAAUCUCUCUGAAAUUGUUCUUGAACUUGCCUGAAGCUCCCUGAUCCCACCAAAGCUCCAACCCCUGAAAUGCUUUGAAACGCUUUAGAAAUCCCCUCGAAACUUCCAUGAAAACCCUAAAUCCUCCUUAAAUCCUUAUGAUAAACCGCAUGGCAUCACCUUGAAAUCUUCUACCCGAGCAGGAAUGAAUAACUGACACAUAACUGUAGCAUACCAAAACAAGGUAUUGGUCGGUUACCCAGGUAUUGAAAAUAACUUAUUUUGGUAUUUCGUUGGUAUUGAUAAAUACCUUAACGAGUUAUUGGUUUGGUGUUGAGCAGGGCUGACAAAAGUUAUUCUCGUCAUAUGAAGCCGACUAUGACAAAAUAAUCGUCGUCGUCGAUUUGAUUGAUGCUUCAUUUUGCCAUUUUCGUCAUGUUACAUACGAGGCAUGACGAUAGUCCAGCAGCUACAAGUGACGACGAUAACCUUAGUUUUUUCUUCGCAACAUUGAAUUGCCAUGACUUGAAUACUGAACAUGUCUCGCAUAUCCAACAUAUGUCGUCACGUCGAUCUUGUCGCAUCGCAUGCAGGUGAUACAAGCGCGACGAAUAUCUGUCAUUUCCAAAUCAGUGUUUCACCCGCAGAGACGAAAAACAACAACAAAAUCCGAAAUCAUGGCCGGAAAGAAGCGGAGCUUUACGUAUUCGUCUGUAAUUACGGAUCUGAUCAAAAAAGUGGACAAUAAAGUGUACUGUGCCAUCGACAGAAUAAGUGGGUGUAAUUAUCACCAAGAAAAAUAUGAUGUGACGAAUUUUCUGCGGCAUUUCCGAUCACAGCACCCGGAAGAAGCUGCUAUUCACGAGUUAACGAGAAAGCCUCCAGCGAAGAAAGCACGAAUUGUGCCAAAGAUCCCCAUUCCAAUAAAUCGACAAAUCCUGCUGGAAGCGUGCCUCAAGUUGAUUGCUCUGCAUCAUCUUCCUUUCUCGAGUAUGGAAUGGGAAGGGCUGCGACUUUUGUUGGACCCGAUUUCGGAAGCACUGAACAUUAAAAUUAACCGUCAGAACAUCAAAGUGCACGUUAGUGUCGCCGCGGAGAAAAUAAAACAAGCGAUCAAAACGGAAUUGUGCGGGAAAUUAAUCCAUCUGGCCAUUGAUUCCGCUUCACGACAUUCUAGGCACAUACUCGGCAUAAAUGUGCAGUACGAGAAGCAAGGGGCGGUGGUCAUACGUACACUUGGAAUGAUCGAAGUUAAGCAGAGUCAGACCGCUAAGUUCCUCAAGGAAAGGAUUCUUGAGAUUCUGGAAUGGUUCGAGGUCUCCAUUGAUCAAAUUUUGUCAGUAACCACUGACAAUGGAGCCAACAUGAUUGCAGCAGAUAAAAUGUUGCAGAAAGAUGCUGAAAUCCUCGGAAUGUCCCCAGAAACCUCCUUGGAGGAUGAAACGACCACCUGUGACGAUAAGGAGGCCGAAUUAUUGGAUUCACUUAGUGCAGAGUUCGAGCCUUUGCUAUGCCUCACCCGGUGCGCAAGCCACACGCUUCAAUUGGCUGUCGGUGAUAUCGUUAAAAAGAACGACCCUAACAUUCGACGGAUCACCGACCUUGUGAAAGAGACACGGAAAACUAAGUACACCCUAUUCUUCGAGCACAAACAAGCCACCAAGGCUCCUUUCUGGUGCCCUACCAGAUGGGGAAAUAAAUAUAAGAUGAUAGAAUCGAUUGUUCAGCAAGAACAAUUUUACAAAGAGUUGGGUGAAGACUACAAGGAAAUUGAUAUCACCGAUGACGACUGGAAGUUCAUGAAAGACUUCGUUGGAGCGUUUUCUCCUGUACAUAAAUUGACGAUGGAGCUACAACUAAAACACGUCACACUCAGUGACUUUUACAUGCAUUGGUUGCAAGCAAUACGAUCUGUUGAGAGUAACAAGAGCAACCCGUUGUGCUUCAAUUUAGCACAGGCGCUUAAAAGCCGACUGAAAAAGCUCCAGGAAAACAAACUUUUUCUUGCUGCCCUUCUCCUGGACCCACGGUUCAAUUUUCCUGGAUCAAACGUGUUUGCUUCAGCAGACGAAAGGGAAUCUGUACAGAAAUUCAUUCUAAACGUUUGGGACAGGAUCAACAAGAUUCGACAACCGACGAAUGAACCCCAGCCAUCAACGUCUUCAGGAGUAGCGAAUAACAGCAACGCCUCGAAGGUGGAUGAAAUGGACGAUUACAUCACACAAUUGUUUGGAAGCUCGGAGCCAACGGCAUCGACCUCAAUGGCUUCCUCAUUCCAACAGCAGCUUCAUCAUCUUAACAUCGAAAAUAGGCAACCUCAUCACUAUGACGUGUGGAAUCAUUGGAUCGCUAGGAAGCACAGCCACCCGGAGCUGUUUGAAGUUUCCAUGGCAGUACUCUCCGGACCAUCCAGUCAAGUAUCGGUUGAACGAUCAUUUAGUGCGCUCGCACUAGUUCUAUCGGAUUUGCGCACAGGACUGUCGGAUGAAGCCUUGGAAAACAUUUUGAUGAUUAAACUCAACAAGGACAUUUUUGAAAAGAUCAUACCGUCCAUGUAUGACUGGAAAGCUGCCUUCAAUGAUACAUCUGAAACUUAAGAAGAAAAUUGGAACAUUGAUAUUUUUGAGCAUUUGUUAUGUUUUAUGAAUUUUAUUUCCUUACUAAUAAAAGUUGAUCUUAAAUGUGCAUUUUGCAAAACGGAAGUUUCUAAAUUCGUUUGUUUACUUUUAAUACAGAAAGAAAGAGCUACAUCUGCAUCAAAGGCCUUUUUACUACUACUAGGUAUUACAAAUAAUAAGAAAAUGUUGGAUAAACUGCGUCUAAUUCAAACGUGAGAAUGUAAGUUUUUUUUAUAUGAGGAUCGUUUUUUCUGAGGCUGUUGCAAAACCAUUUUCGGUUCAGCUGCAGCAGCCGUUAUCGUCAAAUGGUUGGUCAAACAUUGUGGUGCAAACGACCAACUCGCUCCGAUUUACGAAAUCAAACAUAGCACAAGCCCAACGCCGCUAGUACAAAGGAUCAACUAUUUGACCAAAAAGAAAACAGUGAUCAAACAUCUGCUUUGACUCGAUCAAAUUUGCAUUAGUGUCAAACAGAUGUUUACUCAUUAGUUCAUUGAUUGUUAAAUAUUUGACCCCGUGUGCUCGUGGCCUAAGAGAGUUGAUCGAUUAAGUGGCCAGGUUUGACCAACCAUUUCAUUAGUGUGUAGGUACCCUAGGGUAAGCUUACGCUCAAUUUUAUAAUUGGGACAGAUUUGGAUUGGCAAAUGGUUUUGACUUGGUAUUGUUACAAAUCGUUGCAUUUAAGUUUAUGUAAACCAGUAGCGAAUCUUGCGUUAUUGCGCAUUUCCCGUUCCACUGGACCCUUUUUGCAGUUGGCAUAAGUGAAGAAUCGUGAAUAAAACUGCAGUUUUGCAUCGAAUCGUGCGGGUUUCUUCUGCGUACUUAUGCAUUACAAGAAGAUGAAUAAGUGCGUAGAAGGCACCGACGUGAUUUGACGUAAAACCACGGUUUUAUUCACGAUUCCGCACUUAUACUAACUGCGAAAGGGGUCCAGUGGAGUGGGAAAUGCGUAAUUCAAUGACAUAUACUUAUAGGAACGUAUUUUUUACGCUUAGUUCAACUAGCUUAGACUGACUUUGCUGGUACGCUGCAGAAGUGCAGAAUACCUAUUGAUCACUUUGGUUUGAGUAAAUUGAUUUGUUUACCUUGCAACUCUGCCUGCUAAUGCUUAUUAUCUAUCAGAGGAGAAUGGAUAAUGAUUCAUGUGACAGGGAAGUAAAUAACUGCAAAUUUGCAGACUGCAUAUGGUUGUCAAAAUACGCGUAUCUGUGAAGUAUAUGCAACAGCGAGUUGAAUUUAAUGUGUGCCAAACCACUGGCAGUGACUGCUUUUUUGGACUCUUUUUCACUAUAACUCAUCAAAUUGACUUAAAUUUUUAUGAACGAUUAGAUAUUGAACGUAUGUAUCUAACUGCGUACACAAAAUUGAUUCUAAAUUGACUAAGAUAUAGUGGAAAACUGACUAGAAUGUUCCAGUUCCCUAAAAAACUUAUUUCACUAAAAUUCUAUAGUAAAUUUUACUAGAGGAUUUGAAAAGUCGCAAAAGGAUAAAAAUCGUUACUUGAAUUACGUACUAGGAAUAGCUUGAGCAUAGUGAGCAGGGUCAUAAGGAAGUCGAAAAGAGAAACAUGCAAAAAGUGUAAAAUGCAAAGAAAAUGUAUAUGCAAUACUACAAAUGAUUACUGCUAUUACCGUUAUCAGAGUAUUUCCUGAACUGUCUUGGCUUCAUUUAUCUUCACCCAAGCUCCGUCAAAUUACUUUUCAACACUUUCAGGUCGUUUAGAUAAAUUUAAAAUAAAUUUCUUGAUGGACAGUAGUCAGGAUCGGAAGUACGCUUCAUCGCUCCAUGUCUGAGAGGCGAAUGUCACUUUUUUACGAAUGCUCUUCUUUUGUUAUGUGAAUUGUUUCUCAUGGCCUACUGACUUCAUUCCUGUAUGGCUAUACAAAUCCUGAAAAUUUUCGGUUCCAACGCACGUGUUCACCCGUAUGAUUUGCUGUUAAUGGCAUAUAGGGAAUCGCCAAAUAUACUAUAUUAACAAUAUAGGUCACUUCGUGUUUUCACAUACAACGACAUGGAGACGCCGUUUACGAAUGAUUACAGCACCACCUGUUGUCAGAAAAAGUCAAUAAUUGUAUUUUGAUCAUUUUUUGUUUACCGUGUAAGGUGACAUUUCUGAAAAAAGAUGUUAGGGGUGCCAAAGUUUUCUGUUCCAAAAAAUCGAUUAAUAAAUAAUCGAUUUACAAUAUACACAAACAAAAUAAUGUUGCGCAUUUAGUUCACCACUGGACGGCGCACUCAGUCUUUUUAAGUGCGAAAACGUUAAUAAAAGUCUUUAUAAGUGCUAAAACGUUAAUGCAUCAAAUCCAGUUGAUAUCUUCAGCGCACUAUUUCUUUGAUUUAUGCUGAAUAAGUGCUCUGAACACACCGAGUUAAUUUGUUUCAAUCGCGCACUUUAAUUUACGUUUUCACAUUCAUGAAAACUCGUGCGAUAGUCCAGUGGUAAACUAAAUGCGCUAUAUUUCAUAAGAUGACAUCUACGAAUACAUCUGUAGAAGAAUUUGAAUGCUUCCUCAUUAACGCCACCGAAAUCGUUUCACUUCGAAAUUUAAAAUUUUCACUUAUAUUUUGCGCUGGUGGAUACUAUUUUUCUUUAACAAAGGCUUUUAAUAUCAUCUUUCUUAAUGUCCAUGUUGACAUACAUACAUCGGAUUGGAUAGCUUACAAAAAUACGGAAGAUCACCAACCAAAUGCACGUCAAAUUUCUUGUGGGAGAGUGCAAGACAUUGAAUCCAAGGGUGCACAAGCUAAUGGACAGAUGCACGAAAUUUCAACGUUUGAGUGCUUAUAAAAAAUGAGCUCCGGGACCGGACCUGAGAAUAGAACCCGUCAGAUUUAAUUUCGAUUAAUUUUGUUGUUCUUCCGAAGUGAACUGUGAGUUUAUUCGAAUACUGGUUGUUAAUUCCGGACUAAUCGGUUUCCUUUGUUGUUGAAUGUGUGAUAAUUGUGUUGUCAAAGAUUGAAAAUUUACACGAUCGUCGCGAAAUCCUUCAAAGCUCAUUAUUUUUAAAUAUACAGUCAUGGGUUUGUGGGUGAACUUCAGUUAGUAAAAAUAUUCUAACAAAUUCACCUGCUGCAGAGUGAUAAUCCUCCAUAAAUUUAGUCAGGCAUUCCUUCAGAUGUUCCUUCUGAAUUCCUUCUGAUUUUCCAACGGAAGUUCCUUCUCAGUUUGCUCUUUUCUGUA